UACGCAAAACUACAACUUUCAUAAAUACACUUACAGCACAAGGGAAAAUCAAAGGGUAGUAAGAAAUGAGGGCGACACCAAAAGCAGAAAUUUGGAAGUCACCAAUACCAUAUCUCUUUGGUGGUUUGUCUUUGGUUCUUUUGCUUAUAGCUCUAGCAUUAUUCUCAUUGGUCUGCAUACACAAAAAGUCUCAUUCUUCUAACAAUACCUAUCCUGUCGAGGAAGAAGAAGACGCCGGAGACAACGAAGCUAAGACAGUUAUCGGAGAAUACUUACCUAAGAUCGUCGUGAUUUUGGCCGGAGAGGAUCAACCUACUUGUUUGGCCGUUCCGGUGAUUCACACAGUGUCUUCCGUUUAUCCUUGUAAAUGUGGCAUUGUUACUGUCCUCUCAAUCUAACUAUUAACAUAUUUUCGCUUUUGCCAAACAAAAAGAAAAUCUCAACUUUUAUAAUAAUAAUCGGCUAUUUUGUAA